AUGGCGUCGGCACACUACUCUGCUGGUUCGGUUGAACUGAAGAGAUUUGUCUUAUCGUCCUCUGUUUCAUCAACUUUGUUUCUCUCUUCAGUUUCUUUAGCUUGUUCAGGAAUUGCCCGUGCGCCGUCAUCUGGCACCGAAACAGCAUUGCCAUUCUCCUUUUCAUGGUUCUCAAUAUCACUUUCUUCUUCUGUUUCGUCAGACGUUUCCUCAUCCUUAACUUCGUGCUUCGUAUCUUGCUGUAAAUCACCUGAAGGUUCACAAAUUGUAUUUUGCGCCUCUUCGUCUUGUCUUCUCGUACUGUCACUCUCAACUUCCUCGUCACUUUCUUCGUCUUCAUCACUUACUUCAGAAGCUUCUUCCUCACUUUCUUUUUGCCUUGACUGUUCAGGUGAUUUCUCCUUGUCGCAUAGGCGCUCAGAUUCGACUUUUUCCGAUAUAUCUUCCACCUCCACUCCUUUAACAUGUUCAAUCUCGACCGAGUGCUCUGUCGCGUCUUCAUCCACUGCCUCGCUCGCAGUUUUUUCUUCAGUUUCGUCUUCAGUGCUGUUUGUUUGUUCUAUCUUUUCUAUUUGCAAGUGUAUUUCGUCGCCAGCCUCUUCACUUUUCAAUUCUUCAACUUCUUCUACUUCUUCCUCUUCCUUCACGUCCUCCACUUCAGGCAUUUCUUCAUUUUCUUCUUCGUCCUCUUCUUCGUCUUCCUCUUCCUCUUCAGAUGUUUCAGAUUUUUCAGGCUCAGAUUCAGUUAAAAUUUCUUUAGUUUCGCCAUCAGGAAUGUCGGUGCUUACAGCCUCUUCAACGUGGCACUUCUGUUCGCCUUCGGGCGCCUCUUCCUCGCUAGUACUGUCAACAUCUUCGUCUUGCCGAACAGUGGUUUUACCUUCCACCAUGUCACCAAUUUCGUUGUCUGAUAAAGCACCCGCGGCCCCUUUUUCAUCCCCGCUAAAGUCAAGAGUCUUAUCCUCUUCGUCUUCCUCUUCUUCGUCCUUUUGGCUGUAGUCAGAUGGCUCAGCCUCGUCGUGCUCUUCUGCUGGGGCUUCAUCCUUCACGGG